AUGGAGUCGUCCGCUUCUCCCUCGGGAGCAAGCUCGCACGCCACACAAACCGGCCGUCCCUCGCUCUGGACCGACUCGGAUCAGCGCAAGCUUGGGCGCCUCUACGUAUACACGACAUUACCAAUCAGAAAAAUCCUCGACGUGAUUCAAGCCUCCUCCCCUGAUGCCGGCCCAGGCAAGGACUCGGCCAACAAGAAGUUGAAUGCGUUGCUCGACAAGGAGCCGCGAUGGCUCCACCCGCGUACCCGAACCGAUAUGGAGCUUCCCUCUCCGAGCGACGCCCAGCACUUUGAUCCGAACCCGGUCUCGCCCGUCAAUGGCCCCUCUUGGGACACGCCUCCAGCCAACGGCGCCGUUCUCGCCCAGAACGGCCCCUAUGCCUAUGACCGGAACUCGCUCAGGAUCGACCCUACCGCUACCACCACCGCUGCCCACUUUCAGAAUACCCCCUUCCCCCUGAUACCCCUGGCGACUUUACCAACCAACUCCAACUUUUUGCGACGCGGCACCGCGAUGACCACGUCGACGGAGAGGACCACGACCACGCUUCGACGAGCGCUUUCCGGUUACUCGUCGGGCUUUGUAACACACGUUAAGCGAGUAGUGAAGCGGUACACGAUGCCCGUGCAGCCAGGGCAAAAUAACUCGCCCAUUGCCGAACAGAGCGACAGCGCGUCCGGGUCGAGGCGGGAUUCGUGGGUCCACGACGCGCACUCGCCGCCUGAGCGGACUGGAACCCCCUUCCUACCCGGCGACUACUUGGUGAUUGACGCCCUGGUCCAUAAACAAGGGCACUGCUUCGAGGAUCCACCGAACAUCAAUCUCACAGCUGUCUCUGCCACGCGGCCGCUGAGCGAUAUCUUUGGCAACUUCCUCAUGCACUUCCUCAUCGCCCGAGACGUAGACCACUUUUAUAUCCUCCAACUUGUGUCGGCCAAUGUCAACUGCCGGCAGAGGAACCAUGCUGGACAGACUUUCCUGCACCUGCUCAACCCGACUUGGCUUCAUGACCCAAAUUCUGGUCUUGGGCCCUUGACGACUCUCCUCCGCGCCUUCGGGCAGGAUCUGCCUUUCCUUUUGGCCCGGGACUGCUACGGUCGCACAUUUUUCCACGUCCUGCUGUCCAAUAUUGGGGAUCCUACCCCUCUCAACCAGCUCCUCGAGUCUAGCGAGUUUACCCUCCUUCGCGACGCUUUCGGCUCCAUUCCAGGCUAUCAGGCGCCCAUGCAUCUUCAGCCACUGAGGCGUGCCAUCACUUCGGUCAUGCAUGAGGACACGCCCAUGGCCGCGUACGAGCAACCGUCUCUACCGGCUGUCGAGCCCGACCUCGUGUCGAGCCAGGCCCGGCUUUUGGAAUUCGUCAACCGAGCGCGGAAUGACCCCAAGCUCGAGGACCCCAACGGCCGCAACGGCCUGCACUGCCUCGCAGCAGCCAUCCUCAGCAACACCUCGCUCCUCCGCAAGGCAGGAGGGGUCAAGGACGACAGCGAGCCGGCGGCUACCAGGCAAGAGGAUGUGGCAGAGUCGAACAAGAAGCGCAAGCGAGACGCGCCGGCGUCUCUCAAGCACGAGGACUCCUCCAAGGGGCGGCUAGAGCUCCGCGAGAAGAUUGUGGACAUUCUUUUGGAUGCCAAUGUGAACGUGAACCACUACGACUUGGACGGUAACACCGUCCUCAUGGCCUUUGUGGCGCAGCUCCCCGAGGACGACGAUUACAAGGUUCCCGUGUCGAUCCUCGAGCUCCUCAUCAAGGCAGGUGCUGAUGUCAACGCGCGAAACCGCCGGGGCGAGACGGCGCUACACAUUGCGGUACGGCGCGGGCGCAAGCUCGCCAUGCGUACGCUCGUGCAGCACCGAGCCAAUGUGCACGUGCGCGACGCGGCGGGGCGGUCGGUCCUCGAUGUGGCGGACGAGAUGGUCCGGGCCGGGGACUCUGGGGGCAACAAGGCGUACAUGCACUACGAGGCAUGCAGGGCGUGGCUGUCGGGCCAGGGCCUCGCCGUGCAGAACCCGUCGGUGAUUCAGGAAUGGGGAACGCCAGGCCUGGCGCAGAGGAGGUAA